AUGAGCUGGAAUGCGACUCUCUCCUUCUUCUCCGACCUCAAAGUUCGCUCGCUCCAGCAGGACUCUCUCAGCCCCCUCGACGACUUGGCUAAGCCCGUCCCCUUGAGGAUCGUCACUACUGCUGGAGGUGGAGCGCAUGCGAUCGACCCGCACACGGGCGAGCGACGCUGGACGGCACAUCUUUCAGCUCCUGUCCUGCGCGCCUUCCAGGUCUCCGGUGGCAGGAGGAGGAGCAUGGAGGUCGGGGAGGUGGAGGUGGUGGCGAGCACGGCUGUGGAAGAGAAUCACUACGUGGACGAGGACUCGCAGCGGCUGCAGGAGGACGCGUUCCUGUUCGUCUCCUCGCUCAACCACCAGCUGUAUGCUCGAGGCUCGGUGAUCGCGGGAAGGAUGAAGCCGCUGCUGCCUGUCUCGGCAUCGAGGGAUGGCGAGUACGGGGGGGAGGGGGAGGAGGAGGGGGAGGGGAAGGUCUGCACGAAUGCCAACGAGGUUGGAGGAGAGCUAACGGUGUGGCAAUCGUCCACUCCUUGUGGCCCCUGA